CCAGCCCCUCAAACAAGGAAGGAUGGCUUUAAAUCUCUAUUCCCACAGCUCUGUCUCUGACUGUCUGACUCUUUCUCCUUUCUUCUUCUCUCAGAGACAAAAGAAGUUGUCCUUCUCCAAGCUGCAGCACAAUGACUCGUUCCUCAAGUCUCUGCCUAAAACCAGCUACUACCUGAUCUUUGACCUGCAGAGGCAGCUAUCUGAGCAAGGACUUUUAAAAACUCAUCACAACUUCGAAGAAUUCUACAGCCGCAUCGACUACAGACGUCACCCAUCCAAAAUACUGAAAAGUCUGGAGGGAGUGAGGAGGAGGAUGUUGGAGAGCAGACCUGCAGCUGAUUUGGGGACUUCAGAAAAACAAUCCUGCCCUGGUGAGGAAAAAAGACAUGAGGACAAAAUCUCCACCUUCAGGUUAUCAAAGCAAAUAUCUGAUUCUGGGGGAAGCUCAGAAUUGGUCAUCAGUGGCAUCCCAGAGGAGGACGGAUGUGAGCGACUGUUUCCAAAGAUGAAAGCUCCAACUUUUGCAACCCUGCAGCCCGACUUUAUGAGGAACUUCGGGAGCAAGAUGCCCAUUUUGCAGACCCUCCCUGAGAUUCCAAAGAAGAGCCAGAGAGCAGAGCUUCAUUUGAGACAGCUGAGGCAAAUGCAUGAUCUCUGUUUAAGUAAUAUGGCUCUUUCACAAAAACUGACGGAAAAGGAGACAGACUCUGUGAGCUGGCAGGAGGAGCGAGGACGAGACCCAGAUCUGAUGCCUCCAGGUAUUGACUCAAAACAUGGGAUCACUAGCCGAGCAGACCUGCCACCGCUCUGCUCUCAGAAACAACCAAGAAUUAUUCAAAUCAGCCAACGGACUUCUCCUAAACCAAGCAGUAAGACCCCACUCAGCAGCCAGCGAUGUUCAGAAACUUCUCUAUGUGCAUGCAGCUCUAAAUCACCUGAUCCAUUAUGCAUUGAAGAUUUAUGUCAGCUAAAGAAUGUGCAGGUUGUUGGUCAUGGACUUACAGUUUGGAAUAACUAUGUGGAAGACCUAGAUUACUGAAGGCAAACUAUGAGGUCACAAGUAUACAGACGCUUGACCCUUACACCUACAGGGAUUGUAAUGACAUGUUAUUCAAAUACAUGUACUUUAAUAUUGA